GUGUGACACAGUCAGGACGGCAGAGCUGUCUCCUGUCACCCCCAUAAACCAGUUAUGCUAACGGAUCAACACGACUCAUAAACCGAGGAAGAGACUGGAAACUUCUAUGAAGAGCUGCCUACCAGGCUUCGUUGUGCCAUGAUGAAGACCUCUGCGGAAGUAAACCUGCUUCUGUUGCUGCUAGUCUUCACACUGCAUGCAAAGGGAAUGCGCUACAGCCCACCAGGGAAGCCUGCACUGACCAGAUGUCGUUCUCCAGAAAAAGAGACUUUCACCUGUUGGUGGGAGUCGGGUUCUGACGGGGGGCUGCCAACCACCCACGCUCUGUUCUAUCGUAAAGAAAACUCCGAGACCGUGUACGAAUGUCCCGACUACCGCACAGCUGGAGAGAACUCCUGCUUCUUUAACAAGAACGACACGUCCAUCUGGGUUAGCUAUAACAUCACUGUUGUGGCCUCGAACGCGUUGGGCAGCACAUUCUCCGAUCCGGUGGAUAUAGAUGUUGUGUACAUUGUCAAGCCUAAUCAUCCAGAGAUGGUAACAGUGACUGUGAUGGAGGACAAGGGCUGGCCCUUCCUCCGAGUGUCGUGGGAACCGCCGCACAAGGCUGACACUCGCUCCGGAUGGAUCACUCUCAUCUACGAGCUCCGAGUCAAACUGGAGGAAGAAAAUGACUGGGAGAUGCAUCUUGCAGGCCAGCAGAAGAUGUUUAACAUUUUCAGCCUGCGAUCAGGCGGCACAUACCUUGUUCAAGUGCGCUGUAAGCCCGAUCAUGGCUUUUGGAGUGAAUGGAGUUCCACUUCCUACAUCAAAGUCCCUGACUAUAUCCAACGAGAAAAGCCCAUGUGGGUCCUCAUUACAUGCUUUUGUGCCUUCAUCUUCCUCAUCCUCACAUGGUUGCUGCACAUGAACAGCCAUAGUCUGAAACAUUUUAUUCUGCCACCUGUCCCGGGUCCGAAAAUCAGAGGAUUUGAUAAGCAGCUUCUCAAGAAUGGCAAGUCUGAUGAGAUCUUCAGCUCACUGGUGGUUUCCGGUUUCCCCCCAACCACAUCAUCUAACUGUGAGGACCUACUGGUGGAGUAUUUAGAGGUGUAUGUCCCUGAGGAGCAGGAGCUGAUGGAGGAAAGCAAGGAUCUACACGACAUUUGCCUCAAAUCUGAGGGCUGCACAUCAGACAGUGACUCUGGCCGGGGCAGCUGCGACAGCCACACUCUGCUCAUGGAUAAGUUUCGAGAGGCGAAAGAGGAAAAGAGGCAAAGAGAUCAGGAGACGAGUCGAACAGGGACGGAAGACCAGAGGCAACGGAAGGACUGGGAGGAGGAGGGGUUGACCUAUGCUUAUGAAGACAUGGUCAGUCCCAACAUCUCCAGUGGGAGGGUGAAGACCUGGCCUUCUUUGUUUUCUCCGUUGCCCCAGUACAGCUCAAGUAGACACAACCGAAAGAGCUCACUUGAGAAGGCUAAAAAGCACUGCUUUUCUGACAGUCUGUUCCCCCCAGGCUCCACAUCUUUCUCCCUCGACCAGGGAGGCCAAACCACCAUGGAGGCCAUCAGAUCGAGCAAUCGGGAAUUCAGUUUGAGGAUCAAGCAACCUCAUCUACUCCGUUCCCACACUCAAGCUCGCUGCCAACUCCAAGCCCACAGUGAAGUCAACAUCUCAAGCGUCGGCUGCAAACAGGCUCUUGGUGGUUUGCGGUCGCCGGCUCCCCACUCAGCUGAGUAUGUGGAGGUGCAGAGAGUAAAUGAGGAGAAUACGGUGCUUCUCCAACCUGUAGAAUCAGGGCGCGGCCACAUUGACGGCUGCUCUCAGCUGCCUCUUGGGAAGGACUACAGCAGGGUGCAGGGAGUGGACAGGGACAACAGGCUGCUGCUCAAAGGAGAGGUUCCACAAGAAGCUGAUUGCCUUUGUGAUUACCAGGACAUGACUGGAGACAGAACGGAGAACUGCAACACAUCAUCAUCAGUUCCUAGUAUACAGAAGCCCACAGCCUGCAUUCACACUGUCAUAAUGGGACAUGAUGAAAUGGUUCUGGCAGAGAAUGGUUACAUUGACACUUUAACUGCCAGAACACUGCCCAAUUACUGAUUGCCAUUCAUGCCAAAUAAACCAGGUCUAGGACAUUGCGGGACUUAUUUCAGACUGGGGCUGAGAUGAUUUAAAAACACUUGCACUGUGGACUCCUAAAGCUUUUUUUUAGUGUUACAGAAUCACUGGUAUUUGAUUUUGUUUAAAUGAUAUGAAUGAUUACCUUUAUAAAGAAUAUGUCUGGGUAAAUGAUCUUGUUCUAUAAGAUAUCUAUAUGAUUAAUAACAUAUGUCUGUUAUAAUUAUUUUUCUGAAUUGCAGGUGCACUGUUUCAUGUCAUGAAGUUUUUAAUAUCUUUCCUAUACAAUAUGUGAACUGGUACAAUGUGAGUUAAAAUAACUCAAUUGCGUAACCUCAGAUUUAACUGAUACAUAUAUAUAUAUAUAUAUAUAUAUAUAUAUAUAUAUAUAUAUAUAUAUAUAUAUAUAUAUAUAUAUAUAUAUAUAUAUAUAUAUAUAUGUAUAUAUAUAUAGGCCUAUAUAUUAAGUUAAUACAUGACUGGAUCUAAACAUAUUGACAUGAUUUUUUGAUUGGCAACCAGCAACAACAACACUUAUUGUAGUGACUCUAUCUCACUUGUUAAACAGUGAAAGUUUCAGUUUUUUUGCUUUUUUGCAUGUACCGUAUAUAGCUUUAUAAACAGCCAGCCUCGUACUGUAUACUGAAUGCAAUUCGAAACAACAAUCGUUUUGAAAAGCUUGCCAUAAAAAUCAUAAUAAUAAAUUUACUAUAUGCCUAA